CACACAAAAGACUACUAAUUGCAUCACUAUUUAUACUAAUAUGGCUAAAAUAGAGGCUGUAAUUAUUAUUAUUAUUACUGUUAUUAUGAAGGGUUAACUCAUUUCUAUAAUAAUAAAACAUCAGGGAGUAUUAUAUACUUAGAGAGAACUGGGGAGUGAAAUGAACAUAGACACUGACGUAGACUCACAUGAACGUGCACACACUCACAAGCAUACAGACACGCACAUACACACAUACGCACCGGCUACUAUAAUCUCAACUAGACAGCAUAAUACACUCGACAUAAUUCAGAGUUGAGUAGUCUUCAAAUAGAAAAGAUAAGAAAGAAAGAGGAGAAAGAAAGAAAAAAAAUGAAGGGACAUUGAAUAUUGAAUAUCUUCAAUGAUUUUUGUUUAAAUUGAACAAAAUACUACGACAAAUUUUGAAUAAUUAUAUACAUAUAUACGUAUAUUAUAGAUAUUAUCAAAGGGAUUUGUAAUGUCAAAGGAUAAUGUAUCAGAACUAAUUCAAAAGAAUUCUUCAUCUAGCCGAAACUCAUCUCAACUACCACAUACUGAGAAUCAUCAACGUAAACAUCAACAACACCAACACCAGCAAAACCAACAACAUUCACAAAAUUUUGGAUUAACUCAUUUCACUUCAAUGACAAAUAAAAAAUUCUUAUUUCGUAGUCAUAGAACACUGAGUACAUGUUUACCAGAUGAAAUGCCAUCAAAAUCUUUGAAUACUACACAUAAUUCCUUGGAUAUACACUGUUCAAAUGAUGACAAUCAUAUAAAAACAAUUAAACCUCGUGUUCUAAUGUCACAAUCAUCAUUUGAACUGAUUACAGAUAAAAGUAUUCAUAAUGUUGAUGAAGUUUCCGAGAAAAAACAAGACGAAAUUCAUUGGGAUUAUUCUUCUUCAUAUUGUAGUGGAAAUAUUAAUGUUACUAGUGCAUUGAAUACUAGCCCUAUUAAUAUAUCACCUAGUGAUUAUAAUUCAAGUACAAGUAGUAGGAAUAUUUUAAGACGCCAACAUCAACAACAAGAACAACAGUGUACAGUUGAAACAUCACCUCCUCUGCAUACCUCGUCAUCAAUUUCAAAUGAAAAUACUGCAGGUCAGUAUGUAUCUUCAAAUAGUCUAAAAAAGUGGAAGACAUUGAAAUCUGAACAUUCAAAGGAUCAACAGUCGUCAGACUCCAGUCAUACUGUACAUAAACCAACCAACAAUAAUGAUUCAACUGUUACUCACACUGGUCAGUUUAGUCGACCGGGAUUUCUACGUCAUCCGUUACGCAAAGCUAUGAGUUAUGUGAAACCACAGCCUGAACCAUCUGUUUCAGUGAAGUCAACUACAAGAAGACUUCAACACACGCUGACAAUUGAAAGACCAGAUGAUCGUAAAUUCAAACCAAUGAGUAGUAAAACUUCAAAUCGUAGUUCACUUCGUGCUAGUGCUAAUCAAUCAGAUUUUUCAAAUAAGGCAUCAUCCCCUCAAAGUCCAGAUUAUCAGCAUGCAUACAAUUAUUCAGAUCGAUCAUUAUUUCCUGAAGUAUACAGUGGAGAUUCUUCUGACCUAAUCACUUCAAAACAAACUGUGAAAUAUGAUUUAGACAGAAAAGCAAAACAGAAAGAUAUCCGCCAUUUGAAUGAUUUAUUAGCUAACCUGUUGUCGAAAUCAUUUUCCAAUGCGUUUAAACGACCAGUUGGAAAGUCAAAAAGUGCCUCACCAACAACUGAUAUUGAUAAUACUACCAAUAAUAAUAAUAAAUGCAAUGAUUCCUUUAAAUUUGAUACUCGUGAAGUAGAAGGUUGUCAAGAGAACCUGGUAGUGAAUGAACAUAUACCGACAAGAAGUCAACUACAUCAAUGGGAACAAUCAUUUGACAAACUACUAGCUGAUACAGAUGGUUUAACGCAAUUUCAUCAAUUUCUGAAAUCAGAAUACAGUGAAGAAAAUAUUGAGUUUUGGGUGAUUUGUGAAUUGUAUAAGCAUUUACCAGCGUCGCUGUUAAGCGAGGAAUCCCAAAAAAUCUACAAACUUUAUCUAGCUCCUCAUUCACCUCGUGAAGUAAAUUUAGAUUCUGAAACACGUAAUCGAACAAUUUCUGGCUUAUCGAAUCCAACGAAUGAAUCAUUUGUAAUAGCUCAACAAACAAUUCAAGGUUUAAUGAAUAAAGACUCCUAUCAAAGAUUUCUACGGUCAUCAUUCUAUUUUGACUUGAAACAGUUAGUCUGGGAUACACAUUCAUCUGGUGAUCUGUUAACAGUUGAUGAAUCCUUGAGUAGUAGUAUAAAAACGGAAAGUGACAGUGAUAUUAUCAAAUCGAAUUAUGAAAUAGAACAUCCUACUUCUAUAGCAAUAAAUCCAAACAAUGAAUGUUGUUCAUACUCAGAAGAAAGUAGAAUUAAAGAUAUUCCAAUAUCUCUUCCAUCAUCAGAUAUUGUCAUUGAAUCACCUGAAGAACCUUCAGUAUCGAAUGGAACAGAUUUAGAAUGUUAUCAACAAAACACUGUAUUAUCCUCCCCUGAACUUGAUCAAUCUCUAUCCUGUUCACUACCAACAGCUUUAUACGUUGAAGAUUUAGAAAAAUACGGCGGCGAUGAUGUUGGUGAUAACAAUUUAAUCCACGAUCCCUCUGUUGAACCUAUAUCUCCUAUUUCACCGAAUGAUGAACAUUUAUUACAAGAAAUUCCAAGUUCUGUUUCGACUGAAGCAGCUCCACAUUCUCCUGAACUUUCAUCGGCUGGUGGGUCAUUAUUAUUUGGUCAAGAGGAUAAUGAUAAAUUAAAACAAAAUAUUAGCACAAAUAUUUAAGCAUUGAACAUCAUCCUCAUGAGUAUCGUCAUCGCCAUCGUUUACAGUAACUGUGACCAUUAUUCAUUAGAAUAACAAUUGUAACCAAAGGAGAGGCAGUAAGAGAUAACCAAAAAGGAGAAAAGUUGGUUCGUGCUCCAAUACACUGUGAUAUUAUGCACAUAUAUAUAUAUAUAUAUAUAUAUAUAUAUAAAUUGAAAUA